AUGGCACUGAAACAUUUGCUAACAGCUGCCCUGAGCGCCUCCGCACUCAUAGGCCCGGUCAGAGCGCAAGUCUCGGCAUGUCCAAAGCCUACUGCCCCACAAAACGCUGCUCCUUCGGUCGCCCCGGGAUUCCGGCUCGAGGUUGUGGCUCAAGGACUGCGGAAGCCCCGAAGUAUUCUAUUUGAUCGGGAAGGGGGGCUUCUAGUUGUCGAACGGAACCAUGGCAUCAGCAGGCUAGCCUUGACGGGCGAUGGGGCGUGUGUUCAGCUCGACGGCGACGUGCAAACGGUAGUCCAAGAUGGGACCUUGAAUCAUGGCAUUGCAUUCUCGCAGCAUGGCAAUACGCUGUACGCCUCGUCUCACAGCAAUGUCUAUGCCUGGGACUAUGACGCUUCUCGGGGCCAGACUACGUCUGAGUCUCGGGUUAUCAUCCAGGGCAUGGGAAACUUUGAAGAGCACUCCACGCGUACCCUGCUCAUGUCACAGGCUGCCCCGGGUAUGCUGCUCGUCUCCCGCGGCAGCGUAGGCAACAUUGACCUGCAAACCGUAGAUAAGACCAACGGCAGAGCUACCAUCAAGGCAUUCAACGUCACCAACAUGACAGAUGCCCCAUAUGACCACGCCUCAAGCGGACUGCUUCUCGGCUGGGGCCUCCGAAACUCAGCAGGUGUAGCCGAGGAUCCCGCAUCCGGCGCCAUCUACUCUGUAGAAAACAGCGUCGACGACAUGACCCGAAACGGGAAACCCAUCAAUGACGACAAUCCAGGCGAGGAAUUGAACUUUCACGGGCCCCUCGAUGCAAGAACAAACAGUCUUGUACAGGGCGCCAACUACGGAUACCCUUUUUGCUUUGCAGCGUGGAACCCAGACCAGAUAGCAGAUUACAGUGGCGUGGUUGGUCAGCAGUUUGCUAUUGGAGAGCAGAAUGCAACUGUCAAUGAUAGUUUCUGCCAGAAUAACUAUGUUGCUCCUAGACUUACACUCCAGGCCCACACGGCUCCUCUCGACAUCAAGUUCAAUCCCAGUGGCACCGCUGCAUGGGUGACGAUGCACGGAUCUUGGAACCGGAAAGAACCCGCGGGCUACAAACUCCUGCUCAUCCCGUUCGACGGCCACGGCUCCCCCACAGCACCUCCAAACAGCACCACAGCCGGCACCGACAUCAUCUUUGACCGCGACCUCUCUGCAUGCCCGAAAUCCUCUUCUUGCUUCCGCCCUGUGGGGCUCGCCUGGGACGCCAAGGGCAGGUUGUUCGUCAGCUCAGACUGGUCCGGUAGCAUUUACGUUGUUACCAGGGAGGAUGGAAGCGGUGUUGCCGAUGUGAGUGGAGUGGCGGUGGAUGGUGGAGUGAACAGUGCAGAGGCGGAGGCGGAGGCGCCCAUGGUGUCUGGGUCUUCGGUGGGUGUUUCGGUGGGCUUGUGGAAUGCAUGUGCAGGAUGGAGGGGGUGUGUGUGGGCUGGAUUUCUCGGCUUCUUGUUCUUGUGGUGAGUAUUUUUAUUUAGAUGUGCUUGAAAGGAAUGGUUGCAAUGCCGAUGCUGGAUAGUGUUGCUGUGUCGCUUCCUCUCUUCAAAGAACAUGUAGUUUUCUCUGCAUUGAUUCAGAAUUAGCUACCUAUCGUAUAGAUACCACGUCCA